CGAGCCGCCGCCGGGAUGCGCGGGGGCGGCGCCGCGCAGGCCCCGCGCCCCGCGCCCCACACCCGGUCCACCGUCUGGACCAGACCUCACCUUCCUUCCACCUCUACCACGUGGGCCCCACACUCCGUCCCCGUCACCGCCCCCGCCGCCCCCGCUCCCCUCUCGUGGUGUAUAUAUUCCCGCGUCUCGCCAGCGGCAUCCUCCCAAUCCAUCCUCUCCUCGCGAGCUCCAACAGCAAUCAAGCUAGAGAGAAGCUUAGGCUGCAAGAAGAAGCCAGCAAGUGGCGAGGACGCGAGCAGGGCAAGCGAGAUCACUCGGACCAAGCGAUCCAUGGCGCCGAGGAGGUCGACUUCGCCGGCCGGGAGCGGCAGCAGCGGCGGCGGCGGCGGCGGCGCGGAGCAGCCGAGGCUGCGCGGCGUGCGGAAGCGGCCGUGGGGCCGGUACGCGGCGGAGAUCCGCGACCCCGUGCGGAAGGCGCGCGUGUGGCUGGGGACCUUCGACACGCCCGAGGAGGCGGCGCGCGCCUACGACGCCGCCGCGCGCAGGCUCCGCGGGCCGCGCGCAGCCACCAACUACCCCGCCCACGCCCAGGACCCGAAGGCGGCGGCCGCGGCGAUUCCGGCGUCGAGCGCUAGCGCGAGCGGGAGCGGGGUGCUGUCGUCGGAGGACGCGUCGUCGUCGUCCUCCUGCCGGGACUCGCCGCUGGCGCCCCCGUCGCUGGACCUGAGCCUGGCGCUCCCGGCCGUGGCGGCCGCGCCGCCGCCGUAUUCGUACCAGCAGCUGUUCCUGGACCCGGCGGCGAUGGUGGCCGCGGCGCCGGCGCUGCUGCAGUUCCUGCCGCCCAAGAGUGAGGAAGAACAGAGCUGCUCAGGGUCGAGCUCCUCCUCGUCGGUGGUGGUCGACGCGGCGCCGGCGGUGGGCCUGGGGCUGGACCUGAACCUGGCGCUCGCGGCCGGGAUGGUGAUGUAGAGACAAGACUAAUGAUUUGGUUAAUUAGUGGCUCCUAGCUCACCGAUCCAGAUGUUCACCCGGUGUAAAUAGUCGGCCCGCAGGGAUUUACUUGUGCAUCUGCGCAGCCAGAUCUCUUUGCUUCCUUUUUGUACCCACAGAUUUCGCGUCCCGCAAAGAUGCGCGCCAACGCAAGAAGGAAGAAACUUUGCCCCAGCCACA